GGAUAUGUCAAUGGCUGUGCUUUCUCCAAUACUGGCGGUCUGGUUAAAAGAGGCUAAAAGGAACUGAGAAAGAGGAAGACAUGUCCAUUUCAUGAGAUUCUCAUCAAGGAGGGAGAUGUCGAUGGCUAUUCUUGCUCUAAUCUCAGUUCUUUCUCUCAGUGUCCCCUCAGCAGCUGUUGCUGCCCAGAUCAGGCUGGUGAACGGGGACAGUCGGUGCUCAGGUCGAGUGGAGGUGUAUCACUAUAACCAGUGGGGAACUGUGUGUGAUGACUUCUGGGACAUGAGUGAGGCUAAGGUGGUGUGCAGACAGCUGGGGUGUGGCACUGCUGUUUGUGCUCCUAAGUCAGCCUUCUAUGGUGAAGGGACUGGGCAGAUUUUAAUGGAUGAUGUCAGUUGCUCUGGUACUGAACAGUCUCUGACCCAGUGCUCCUACCUCAGAACGCAUAACUGUGGCCAUUAUGAGGAUGCAGGGGUGGUGUGUUCCAUGGAAGUUGAACUACGGAAGCCAAGGCUUUCAUCGGAAACCAGCAAAAAGGUUUCUUGGGGUCAGUCUGCCCAGAUGAGGUGCUCCAUCUGCACACAGCUCCUGGGUGGUACAUUUACCCUACAGCAGUCCAUUGGGUCAUUUACAGAGACCAAGACAGCCAUUAAAAGCUCUGCCCUCUUCACCAUUCCUCAAGUGGACUUUACCCAUGAAGGAGUCUACUACUGCAAGUAUAGAACAAGGGUUUCCAUUCGUGAAUUCACAUCCCCUCAAAGUUCUACUAUCAGCCUUUCUGUAAUAGUGGUGCUUGUGCAGCCCAACAUCUCUCUCAGUGCCCCAGAUGGAGGGCUGUUCUGGGGGCCUCAGGGGCCAGAGGUGACCUGGGGCCACAGCCUUUCCCUCAUCUGCUCUACUGAGCCACAGCACCAAGGAGGCUCCUUCCACCUCAUCUUUGAUGGGUCUAACAGCACCAGGACUCAGCUCGCCAUCAACCACUCAGCCUCCUUCUACAUUCCUGAGGCAGACUACUCCCACCAGGGCAACUACAGCUGUGUCUAUGAGGUCACUGUGUCCAGCCGCACCUUCAAGUCAACACAGACAGCACCACUGACAGUCAUUGUAAGAGGUAAACAUCCAGCACUUAAUUGUCUAUUCAGUAUUAUGUUUGUGUGUUAGUUUUCUUGUUGUUUUCUCUUGUAAUUCCCUGGUCCUUUUCCAGCAUCCCUGGCACCCAUCAUUGCAUCUGGGGUGAUUUCAGGGUUGUUCCUAUACACUGCAAAAAGUGAUUUUCAAGAAAGGAGAAUUUACUUAUUUUGGGGAAAUUAAUCUGGGUUUUUUUCUUGUUUUAGGCACUGAUAGAAAAAAUAUCUUGU